GAACCACGGACCUCCCACCACAGAUAAUUACACGACUGCACCAACAGGUACCUCCCCCCAAAACAGGCAUAAGAGUCUCACACACGAGAGCUAACCAACACCCACGUGCAGUUCUGCAUCAUUGGAGAAACACAAGUUUAAAAAACCGGGUUACCCACGAGUACACCUCUGCUCAUAACCCCAAACAAACGCAGUGAAAAAGCUGCCCACACAGACCCUCAGGCUGCCGCGGGCAGGGAGAGAUCUGGCCUGUUCUCUCUAGGUCAACCUGGAGGUGCAGACUCAUCAGAGCAGCCCCGCCCAGCCCUGCCAUCCCACCUGGCAUCCCACCUCCGGGGACAUGAGCAGGGCAGAACCCAAAGGCAGCCGGAACCUUGGGCAGGCCCCGGGGUGUUUACACGGAUGCUGUUCCUAAGAGCAACCACCGCCCGCUGCCUCCGCCUCCCCACCCGCCAGACAGAAGCACCCAAUUGCCCACCAAAGGGCCCGGAGCUCAGCGCAGCCAACACAGAUGCCCAGCCACAGGGGCCAGCGUGUUCACACACACCCUCCUCAUGCCUGUGGAAGUGGCCCGUUGGCUGGCACAGGUGAUGCUGCCGGCCGGCGGACGGACGUGGAGAACCCCGGCAUUAUGCUAACGUGCCCAAGGGUGCCACGGACUUUUCAGGUGGGACCAGCUGACGGCCACCUCCACCCACGAACCCUGAGAUGGCCCCACAGGUCAAGUGCUUGGGAACUCCUCCUGACUGAGUGAGCGCACGCCUCCCAUUGCUGACAGACGUGAUGUUUUACCGGUUGCUAUCGGUGGUCCAAAGACAAAGAACCAGCCGAGGAUGGCAGAACUGGCCCUCAGCCAGAAGCGGUGCAUCAGCGGCCGAGGCGCAUUCUGUCGCCCUGCCUGCCCAGGCGCAGGUGGUCAUCUGUGGCGGGGGAAUCAUGGGCACAUCCGUGGCCUAUCACCUGUCCAAGAUGGGGUGGAAGGACAUUGUCCUUUUGGAGCAGGGCAGGCUGGCUGCUGGCUCUACGAGGUUCUGUGCAGGCAUCAUAAGCACUGCCAGGCACUUGGGCAUUGAGCAGAAGAUGGCAGACUAUUCAAACAAACUGUACCAGCAGCUAGAGCAAGAAACAGGGAUCCAAACAGGUUACAUUCGGACAGGCUCCAUCUUUCUGGCCCAGACGCAGGACCGGCUGAUCUCCCUGAAGCGCAUCAACUCCAGGCUGAAUGUGAUAGGCAUCCCUUCUGAGAUCAUCUCCCCCAAGAAAGUGGCCGAGCUGCACCCUCUGCUCAACGUGCAUGACCUGGCGGGGGCCAUGCACGUCCCCGAGGACGCGGUGGUGUCCUCUGCUGACGUGGCUCUUGCCCUGGCAAGUGCUGCCUCCCAAAAUGGUGUUCAGAUCUAUGACCGGACAAGUGUUGUUCAUGUGAUGAUCAAAAAAGGUGAAGUUACUGGCGUGGAGACAGAUAAAGGACAGAUCGAAUGCCAGUAUUUUGUCAAUUGUGCUGGUCAGUGGGCAUACGAGCUGGGUCUGUCCAACGAGGAGCCGAUUAGUAUCCCGUUACAUGCCUGCGAACACUUCUACCUCCUGACUCGCCCCUUGGAGACCCCUCUGCAGAGCAACACACCAAAUAUUGUGGAUGCAGAUGGCAGAAUUUAUAUUCGCAACUGGCAGGGCGGCAUCUUGUCUGGGGGCUUUGAGAAAACCCCGAAACCAAUUUUCACUGAGGGCAAGAACCAGCUGGAGAUUCACAACCUACAGGAAGACUGGGACCACUUUGAGCCCCUGUUGAGCUCCCUCCUGCGUAGGAUGCCAGACCUGGAGACACUGGAGAUCAUGAAGUUGGUCAAUUGCCCCGAGACCUUCACACCAGACAUGAGGUGCAUCAUGGGCGAGUCUCCUGUGGUUAAGGGCUACUUUGUCCUGGCAGGAAUGAACUCUGCUGGCCUUUCGUUUGGUGGAGGAGCUGGAAGGUACCUCGCUGAGUGGAUGGUGCAUGGUUAUCCCUCAGAAAACGUCUGGGAGCUAGACCUGAAGCGUUUCGGAGCCCUGCAGAGCAGCCGCACCUUUCUGCGCCACCGGGUCAUGGAAGUCAUGCCUCUGCUGUAUGAGUUAAAGGUUCCUCGUUGGGACUUCCAGACAGGGAGGCAGUUACGCACAUCCCCUCUCUAUGACCGGCUGGACGCACAAGGAGCCAGGUGGAUGGAAAAGCAUGGAUUCGAGAGGCCAAAGUAUUUUGUGCCACCAGACAAGGACCUCCUGGCUUUGGAGCAGAGCAAGACUUUCUAUAAGCCGGACUGGUUUGACAUUGUGGAGUCUGAAGUCAAGUGCUGUAAGGAAGCCGUAUGUGUCAUUGACAUGUCCUCUUUCACAAAGUUUGAAAUAACAUCCACCGGAGAUCAGGCAUUAGAAAGUCUGCAGUACCUCUUCUCCAAUGACCUUGACGUGCCCGUGGGCCACAUCGUGCACACCGGCAUGCUCAAUGAGGGCGGAGGAUAUGAAAACGACUGCAGCAUAGCGCGCCUGAACAAGCGCAGUUUCUUCAUGAUUUCUCCAACCGACCAGCAGGUCCACAGUUGGGCCUGGCUUAAGAAGCACAUGCAGCUAGACAGCAACCUGCUCCUGGAGGACGUCACCUGGAAAUACACAGCCCUCAACCUGAUUGGUCCUCGAGCUGUGGAUGUGCUGUCCGAGUUGUCCUAUGCCCCGAUAACUCCAGACCACUUCCCAAGCCUCUUUUGCAAGGAGAUGAGUGUGGGCUAUGCCAACGGGAUCCGGGUGAUGAGCAUGACUCACACGGGAGAGCCGGGCUUUAUGCUUUACAUCCCCAUAGAGUAUGCCCUACAUGUCUACAAUGAAGUGAUGAGUGUGGGGCAGAAAUACGGGAUCCGGAAUGCUGGGUAUUAUGCUCUUCGUAGUCUCCGAAUUGAGAAGUUUUUUGCCUUCUGGGGUCAGGAUCUGAAUACCCUCACCACCCCCCUGGAAUGUGGACGAGAGUCCCGGGUGAAAUUUGAGAAGGGGCUGGAUUUCAUUGGUCGAGAUGCCCUGCUGCAGCAGAGGCAGAACGGGGUGUACAAACGCCUGGCUAUGUUCGUCCUGGACGACCACGACACAGACCUGGACCUCUGGCCCUGGUGGGGGGAGCCCAUUUACCGGAACGGGCUGUACGCCGGCAAGACCACCAGCAGUGCCUACAGCUACACCCUGGAGCGCCACGUCUGCCUGGGCUUCGUGCACAACUUCUCCGAGGACACUGGGGAAGAGCAGGUGGUGACGGCGGAUUUCAUCAACCGGGGAGAGUAUGAGAUUGACAUCGCGGGACAGCGGUUCCAGGCCAAGGCCCGGCUCUACCCGGUCGCCUCCCUCUACACCCAUAAGCGCCGAAAGGAAGACGUGGAGCUAAGUGACUUGCAUGGGAAGUAA